AAGAAAUACGAUUUCCUUCCGCUCGAAUUUCAAUACUACGAUACUAUUGAGCGGGUGGCGUUUGUGAAUCCCAUUGUAUUCUUUUCACCUUUUGAUAUGACUUUGUCGUGUGGACUCUCUUGGGGGCGGACCCUCACUCGUUUUUUGCAUAAAUAAAGGCGCUUUCAAGGCACCUCUGACGCUCCCCAUCUAACUCCUCCAACCUACACACACACCUCUCCUCUCUUCUUCUCGGGUCACCGCAUACAUCCACUACCAUGCAACUCACUCAGCUCAACAAGCUCAGCAUUAUCGUCUACGGUCGGGGUGCAUACAUCCAGGACGAGCUCCAUCAGCUUCAAAAGAGGUGCAAUGUACAGUUCGUUCCCGAGCAGGCAACGCGCGAAGAUACCAUCGAUUGUUUCCGUGACCUCGCCGCCCAUGGGACACACGACGUCGUACUCUUCUUGUCUGCUGUGAACGCAGCACCGUUCGAUGUCACUCUUUUGGGGUGCUUUAUUCCUUCUCUGCAAUUCGUAUGCGGACUCGGUGCUGGUUUCGACCACGUCGACGUCAAAUUCUUAACCGCCAAUCAAGUCAUUUACGCAAACUGCCCCAAUGCCGUUGCAGAUCCAACGGCAACAGCGACUGUCAUGCACGUGCUUCAGGCGGUUCGCGGAGCGUCACAGGCAGAAGCUGUUGUGCGGCGAGGUGAAUGGCGGCUUGGAUUGGAAGCUUCACCAGACGUUCGGGAUUUGACUGUGGGUAUCGUUGGAAUGGGAAGCAUCGGAAAGUUAGCGCAAAGGAAGCUCGACGCUUUAGGAUUUCAAACCAUUUAUUAUAACCGCAGACGGUUAUCUCCUUCGGAGGAAGGCACCGCUCGCUACGUAUCGUUUGAUGAAUUGAUUGAGACAGCCGACGUUAUCUCGCUACACACGCCUCUUACGAGUGAGACUCAUCACCUCCUUUCGGAUGCGGAGUUCGCCCGAAUGAAGGACGGUGUCUUCAUUGUGAACACGGCGCGUGGUGCAGUUAUCAAUGAAAAAGCCCUGGUUCGCGCGAUGCAGUCUGGUAAAGUCAGCCGCGUGGGUUUGGAUGUGUUCGAGAGGGAACCCUAUGUUGAGCCAUAUCUACGAGCCUCGGAACGUGCAUCGCUUGCACCGCAUUGGGCCACUCACACCACCCGGACCUAUCGCGACAUUGAGCGUGAGCUCUUUGCGAACCUCGUCAGCUGGCUUAAAACUGGAAGACCUAAUACCUCAGUUAAUGAUCCUCUGCCUCGGGAGGUGGUGGUAGGGUGGUAAUCAAAAGUCAUUCGUGGUUCUCACUCGCUUUCGCUGUCGCGGAGAGUUUACAUUAUCCCCCCUCCCCUCCACUAUUAGCAUUCCCUUGUCACCGCGAUCCGAGCAAUACGUCUCACAUCCAGUUGCUUUCAGCCCACAUAGCAUUUUAAUAUCAUCUUUAUCCAUCCAUAUCUAUCUGCAUCUGCUGCCCAAUCCCCUGGAUUAGACUUGAUUUCCACCACGAUUAUUGUAUCAUUUCCUUAAUUACACGUUUUGUAGUUUUUUUUUUUGUUGGCACUGAUGAUUAAUUCUUG